AUGUCGCAACCAUUCAGUAUCCUGCCGGCUACGGCGAGGGUCUCACCCAAGCCCUUCACAGUCGCCAUUCCAAGAGAGCAGUUGACUGACAUGGAGACUCUCAUCAGGCUGUCAAAGCUUGCCCCACAAACUUAUGAGAACUCACAGUCAGAUAUGCGAUAUGGUGUCACUACAGAUUGGCUGGUUGACAUGAAAGGCCAGUGGCUCAAAUCAUACAACUGGGAAAAAACCGAAGAUCGAAUCAACAGCUUUCCUCAGUGGACGACUGAGGUUGAAGGACUGAAUAUUCAUUUUGUUGGCCUCUUCUCCGAGAAGCCAGAUGCCAUCCCAAUUAUAUUGAUUCAUGGCUGGCCGGGAAGCUUCCUAGAAUUUCUUCCCAUCCUUGACAAGUUUCGACAGGAAUACACGCCAAGCACUCUGCCUUAUCAUCUGAUCGUACCCUCUCUGCCUGGUUAUACGUUCUCCUCGGGCCCUCCAGUGGAUCGCAACUUUACUACUGCGGACAUCGCCCGCGUUCUGGACCAAUUAAUGAAGGAUAUUGGAUUUGAAAGUGGCUAUGUCGCCCAAGGUGGCGAUAUCGGUAGUCGAAUUGCUCGAGGUCUAGCUGUAGAUCAUGAGAGCUGCAAAGCUGUUCAUCUCAAUGUGUGUUUUAUGGGCCGUCCCGAAGGAAUCUCGGAUGACCAUCUGGAUGCGUCUGAGAGGGACGGAAUCAAGAGAAUGGAAGAGUUUAGAAUGAUGGGUUCUGGGUAUGCCAUCGAGCAUGGGACUAGACCAAGUACGAUUGGCCACGUCCUUGCAACGAACCCGGUAGCUCUUCUGGCUUGGAUCGGAGAAAAAUGGCUGGAAUGGGUGGAUGAACCAUUAUCAUCGGAACACAUCCUCGAGUCGAUCACUCUAUACUGGCUUACAGAGACGUUCCCUCGUUCUAUCUAUACUUAUCGCCAGAAUUACCCACCUCCCCCUAUUCCAGCUACGAACGAUCCUCGCUGGUACAUUCAUAAGCCGUUUGGUUUCUCGUUUUUCCCUAGGGAGUUGGCACCCUUACCUCGCUCCUGGGUUGAGACUACUGGAAACCUAGUGUUCUGGGGGCAACAUAAGAAGGGUGGACAUUUUGCGGCGCUUGAGCAACCGGAAGCUCUGAAAACCGAUUUGACCAAAUUUGUGGAACAGGUCUGGCCAGGCGACGAGAGCGAGCAAGCGCAGCUCGAAGAACAAGCAGCCACAUAUGACCCGGAGCCUUUCUGGGCGGAAAUUCACCCACGCUUGCUCUCAACGAUGCAACAUGAACUGAGCGCACCGCCUUUGCCUAUGGAAAUGGAGAUUGAUUCCCCCACUAAGCAGGAAGAGGAAGAUGGACUCUCAACAUACAAGCCCAAGGACAGGCGCGGGCCUGGAGAGUCCAUCGCUACAUUCACAUCUCGCCUUCCUCCAUCAAGGACGUCCUUUUCCAACGCCGGCCCUUGGAUCUGGAUGUGGAAGCCCAAAUCCCAAGUGAAAGAAGGCGACGUCGCGACGCUAUUGAGAAAGGGCAAUGAGUUACUUCAAGCCUACGAAGAAGAAGCCUCCAGUCUCCGCGCCGCGCAUGACAAGUCCGGUGCAAAAACCACGGCCACCCUAACACGCAAAUUGAAUCCGCUUCGCCGAGCGUUGGAGCAGAAUAUCUUUGCGCUGGCUAAAGAAACUGGCGUGACGUCUGGAAAGUGGAUGUUCUUCCCUUCCGUGGACUACGUGGAUUCCGUUUGGAAGACUGUUGUGACGGCGCUUGAUAAAGACGAACUAGGAAACACGGCCAAGGUUGCAACGGACGACGGGUCUGGGCAGGCGCGGCUGAUCUGCGUCUAUACGGAGGACUUUAGUGAUAAGGGGGAUGUGAAGAGGGUGCUGAAGAGUCUGGUUGAGAAAGGGCUUGUGGAUGAAGAGGCGAGGCCGAUUUACUACAAGUGUGAUGCGUAUACCCAUCUGGACAUCAAGUCUAAUAAUGCCUAUGGGCUGAAGGCGAGUUUGUUCUCUAGUCGGGAUGUGUUGACUGGGAAGGUUUGA